AGCGAACGACUACAAUGGCGACUCGGCGUAGCGGAGCUCAAGUCCAGCGAGCAGCCGAAGCUUCCCAAGGGGCAGAGGCAGUCGACAUCGACGAGCAACCAGUAUCAGACGAAGAGACAGAAGACUCUAAAAGCACUCGCCUUACUCUCAUGGAGGAAGUUCUCCUUCUCGGCAUAAAGGACCGCGAGGGCUAUACGUCUUUUUGGAAUGACUGUAUAUCGUCUGGUCUUCGCGGUUGUAUGCUAGUGGAGCUGGGUUUGCGAAAUCGUGUUGAAUUGCAGCGGCAAGGCAUGCGGCGACGAGGAAUUCUUAGCAGGAAGGUUAUUGUGAAGAACGGUACGAUGACAGGGGACGUGCUUCUGGACGAAGCUCUGAAGCAUGUGAAGGAGACCGACCCUCCCGACUCGGUGCAGAACUGGAUUGAAUUGCUAAGUGGCGAGACUUGGAACCCGUUGAAUUUAAGAUAUCAACUUCGUAACGUUCGAGAACGAAUUGCCAAGAAUCUGGUUGAGAAAGGUGUGCUGACGACCGAGAAACAGAAUUUUCUUCUCUUUGACAUGACUACACAUCCAGUCGUCGACGCGACUGCCAAACAACGGCUGGUCAAGAAAGUGCAAGACUCGUUGCUGAGUCGUUGGGUGAACGACACAGGACGGAUGGAGAAAAGAAUUCUGGCUCUCAUCUAUCUCGCUCACGCCUCCGACGUACUAGACAAUGCCUUGAACUCUUUGUCGGACGACGAUUACGAAUUGGCUAUGAAACGUGUUCGAGAGCUGCUGGAAUUGGAUCCUGACGUCGAGUCUCAGAAACCCGGCUGUAAUGAAGUGCUGUGGGCGACUGUUGCCGUCUUCAUCAAAUAGGAAAGAGAGGAAGAUCCGGUUUUAUCAUAGAUUUGUUAAGAAAUUUCGAGUGGGCAGCAUGGUGUUGUGACUGUGUUCUGACUCUUGUUGUUAAUAUUCGUGUGUGAGGUACAGUACAUGUGGUCUUUAUUUAGUCUUGUUUGUGGUUGUCAGAGGAAGGGCCACGUGUAGAGGAGCCUGUAAGAAGCACGUUUACUGUGACUUGC